UAAAUAUCACUUAAAAAAAACAAUUAUUUUAAAGUAAACUAAACUUAAAUGAUAAAAGAAGUCCCACCAAAGAAACCAUUGACUGCUUAUUUUCUCUUUUUGGGAGAUGAGAGAUAACAAAUAAUGAAAAACAAUCCUGCAUCCAAGAUAUCUGAGAUAACACAAAUAGCAGCGUAUUGAAUAAAUAAUAAAUUAUAUAGACGAAUGUGGAUGGAAUUAGAUGAAAAGAAAAAGGAAGAAUAUUAAAAAAGAAACUAAGCUUUAUAAAAAGAGUAUGAAAUUAGAAAAAGAGAAUAUGAAGCAAAAUAUGGAGAAAUUAAGACAAAAUAAAGAAGGAAGAAAAACUAAAGCAAUGAUGAUAUUUUAGAAUAAGAGAAAAGAGUAACUAAAAAGAUUAGAAAAUGAUAAACAUUUAUUAA